CUCACCUCUCUCUCUCUCUCUCUCUCUCUGAGAAUUGUAACGGUGUCUGCCAUGGCUUCAAACAGAGCUCUGCUAUAUUCACUGCUGCUCAUAUCUCUCUUCCUCUCCUUCACAGAAGCUAGAGAAUUCUUGAUUGGAGGCAAGACCAAUGCUUGGAUAAUCCCAGCCUCAGACUCAGAAUCCCUUAACAAAUGGGCCGAAGGCUCACGUUUUCAAAUCGGAGACUCACUGGUUUGGAACUAUGAUCCAAGCAAGGACUCUGUGCUUCAGGUGAGCGAAAAAGACUACGAGAGUUGCAGUACUUCGAGUCCUAUAGCAAUAUACAAAGAUGGGAGCUCCAAGGUGAAGCUUGAUAGAUCAGGGCCAUUCUAUUUUAUCAGUGGAGUUGAAGGCCACUGCGAGAAGGGCCAAAAAUUGGCCACCGUAGUGUUGUCAGUGCGGCGUCGAUUCUCCGAUGUAUCACCAGCACCUUCUCCGGUGGAAUCAGAAGGCCCUGCGGUGGCUCCAACAAGUGAUGGUACGAGGCUGAGGGGUGGUUUGGGGGUUUUGGGGGUUCUGGGAAUGUUGGUGGUGUUUUGAGGAGGAAAUGAUGGUACAUGUUUGUAGUAGCUGUUAUUGUAAUCAGUGAUUCAGUGGGAUUCAUUCAAUUCGUUGGAAGUAAAGUGAUUUACAGAAGGAACCAUUUGUUUUGUUAUUUCUAUGAUUUUUGUAAUAUUCUUUUGAGGUUACAAUAAUAAAUUGAGAUUUUAAUG